CUAUUCUGGGAGCAGAAGCUUUACAAAGAACAUUCUACAGUAGCAGCAAUAGUAGAAGAAGAAAACAUGGGAGAUAGCCCCUCUGCUAAGAAAUGGCUUCCUCUUGAAGCUAAUCCUGAUGUUAUGAAUCAGUUCCUCUGGAGCCUAGGCGUUCAAGAAGAUGAGGCAGAAUGCUUCGAUGUAUUCGGUUUGGACGAUGAACUACUGGAAAUGGUUCCCAAGCCAGUACUUGCUGUGUUGUUUCUCUAUCCUAUUACUCCCCAGAGCGAAGAAGAGAGAAUACAUCAGGACAGUGUAAAGAAGGCAAUCAGUGAUAAAGUUUACUUCAUGAAACAAACAGUAGGAAAUGCAUGUGGUACAAUUGGACUUCUUCAUGCUGUUGGGAACAUUACUUCUCAGAUAAAACUUGAUGAAGGUUCAUACCUAGACAAGUUCUUCAAAACCACUGUAUCAAUGGAUCCACAAGAGCGUGCUGUAUUCCUUGAAAAAGAUGGGGAAAUGGAGGUAGCACACUCUGUGGCUGCCUCUGCUGGUGACACUGAGGCUUCAGAUAACGUGGACACUCACUUUAUCUGCUUCUCAUGUGUUGAUGGACAACUUUAUGAACUUGAUGGAAGAAGAUCAGAGGCAGUUUCACAUGGUGCGUCCUCACCAGAUACCCUUCUACAGGAUGCUGCUAAAGUUAUUAAGGCAAUGAUCCAGAAGAACCCUGAUUCAAUGAAUUUCAAUGUGAUUGCCCUUUCGAAAAAAGAUGUUUGAUCCGUGGACUGCACUUUCAUCGUAAGACACAUGAGACACAGGUUAUAUAUAUAAUACUAACCCAGUUUAGCCAAAGAUGUUCAAAAACAUAAUGUUUUUGUGUACUUGAUCUGCUCUGUUUGGCAUCAUUUGUCUUAGACACUGCUUUGUUUUUUUUUAUCCAUCUUCUGUUGCAGAAUAAUAAGAUCAAUGAAAACAUAUUUUUGUUUU